GUUUGCAUCUUUGUUGCAAAACUAGCUCCAGAAGAGAGGCAAGGCAAAGUCUUUUGUGCUCCCCUCCCCCACCAAAGCAAAGGGGAAAAUGUCUCAGUCGAGAGGCAAGAAGAGAAACCCUGGGCUGAAAAUUCCUAAAGAAGCAUUUGAGCAACCACAGACAAGCUCCACGCCACCCAGAGAUCUAGACUCCAAAGCUUGCAUCUCUAUUGGCGAGGAGAACUUUGAGGUGAAAGCCGAUGACCUGGAGCCCAUCUCCGAGCUGGGACGAGGUGCGUACGGGGUGGUGGAGAAGAUGCGGCACAUGCCUAGCGGGCAGAUCAUGGCAGUGAAGCGAAUCCGAGCCACGGUGAACAGCCAGGAGCAGAAGAGAUUAUUGAUGGAUCUAGAUAUCUCCAUGAGGACGGUAGAUUGCCCCUUCACUGUCACCUUUUACGGGGCGCUUUUCCGAGAGGGAGACGUGUGGAUUUGCAUGGAGCUGAUGGAUACCUCACUGGACAAGUUCUACAAACACGUCAUUGACAAAGGCCUGACGAUUCCUGAGGAUAUCUUGGGAAAAAUAGCCGUCUCUAUCGUAAAAGCACUAGAACAUCUACACAGUAAGCUCUCCGUCAUCCACAGAGAUGUAAAGCCCUCUAACGUGUUGAUCAAUACACAGGGGCAGGUGAAAAUGUGCGAUUUUGGAAUUAGCGGUUACCUCGUUGACUCGGUUGCUAAAACCAUGGAUGCAGGAUGCAAACCCUACAUGGCUCCUGAAAGAAUUAACCCAGAGCUGAACCAGAAGGGGUACAGCGUCAAGUCGGAUAUCUGGAGCCUUGGCAUCACGAUG